AUGGCACCGAUCCGAAGGUAUUUGCGCAUCAGCAAGUAUUCGGUCCUUGAGUGCCGGAUAUUCCUGGAGAAUCCAGCCGACGAGCCGCGCUGGCUCUUGCAUGAGAGCAACCCUGCGCUCCCCAGAAUCUUCGAAGCAGUCAAACCCUAUGUGCUACCAAAGCUCAGGGAGGAGACUGAACGGGCGAAGAGCAAGGGCAAGAAGAAGAAAAGUAUCAAAGAUGUGGUAAAACAAGAUGAUUUCGAAGUCUCCAUCUUCCUCACUGAAAUCAACACCCGCCAUUCCCUGAUCAUCAAGAAUAAGACCUUCAGAGAAAAGGCUCCAAUAAAGAGCAACAACGGUAACACGAUGACUGGCGCAGUCACAAUUCGAGUCGAGGAUGAGGACGAAGGCGUGGAUUUGGGAAAUUUACCUGCGGCGGAAGACCCAGACAGCAACGACCGCACGCCAAUCGCAGGUGAUUUUGGUGUGCAGGACGACAAGAAAACCCUCGCUUUCGACACCACAUAUGAGGGUUUUAGUAUCUGGGGUCGAGUAUUAUGCCUCUUCAUUGAACGCAAAGGCCUCGUGGGCAAGAAACAGCCGGGAUUCCAAGGCAAUUCGCAGGCACUCAUGCAAGACUGGAUUCAAUCAACACAGGAGUAA